CGUACUUAUGUCAGUUCAGUUGUCAAGCGAGCUGUACUCGAAAAUGAGUUAUUCAGAAUUUUAUUGAAUAAAAAAAUCUUUCUAAUGCAAAUUGUGAAUGGAAAAUUAUUCGGUUAAGUGUGAUUAUUGGGCAUCUGUCAAUAGAAUUCUUUGAAAAAUUUUGUUCCUAAGUGGAUCCGACGUAGUAUUGAUUUGAGUGACAAAAAAGUUUAACUUCUAACCUCAAAGAUAGGAAAACAAAGUAUUUUGUCCGGAAAACAAUUUUGUUUAAUUGAUUGGGUAAAACAGAAAGCAUGGCGGCAGUGAUUCGACUAAAAAGACGGGUUGACGAAGAUCCCUUGAAUGCAUUUGUACUAAAUUGUAAAAGGCAACGUACCGAAUCAUCGGAAAUUCCUGACACAAGUGUCGUUUCUGGAGAGACAUCCACCGUUCUGAAAUUCGCAGGAACAUUUGCAAAGGCUGAUAAUAUAUCUUCGCAUCUGCAGCAGCGACUAUCAAAGGAAGAAGCUAAGGAGGCAAUAUCUCGUGUCCAUCGUCCCACAAUUGCAUCUCGUAAUCGGGCAGCAACACGGCAAAAUGCUCAGAACAAUCGUUUUCGAAUUGUAAAUUGUACACGUUCUCUGAAUCAGGUGGAUGGUGUCGAAGAAACCACAAUCGUAGAUGUAGAACGAGAUUCUAUUGAGCCUGAAAUCACAUCAACGCUACUUCCUUCUUCCACCGAUGCCAACAAUGAGGAAGGCUCACAUAAACCCCUAGCUCAUGAAGAGCUGAACUACGUAUAUGAUUUAUACGUAGCAGAAGAUAGUCAACAUCACGCGCACAUUCCCUACAUACCGGAAAACUUGGAGGACAUCAGUGUUGCCAUUUAUGAUGAUCCGCUUUAUUCGAGCCAUCGCGAUAUCUGUGAGUCUGACGAUGAAUCAGAAGAUUCUAAUGACGAAAAUAAUUGGCGAAAUGACUAUCCCGAUGAGGAUGAUGACGUGUUUGGCGAUGCGGACAGUGUGGACGAGGAUGACAUGCGGCGGGCAGUUCAGAAUUUAGAUAUAGAAGGUGAAUACGAACUGUCCUCUGACGAUGAAGAUUUCGUCGGAGGAGGAGAUAGUAGCGGGUUCGCGUAUCCUCCUGAUGAUGAUAACGAAGAUGGCGAUGCUGACGAGUACCGCGAUGAGGACGAAAUGCAUGUCAAUCCAACGGAUGUAACGCGUUUCGGAACUGCCUAUGCCAAAUAUAAGGCACGCAUUAUGAAACAAAUGAAAACUAAUACCGAUGAGUACGAUUCGGAAAUUGGUAGCAGUGAUGCAAGUUCUCAGCUAAGCAGUGAAAGUGAAAAUUUUGAUCUUUACGAUUGAUUUUGUAAUAUUUCAUUUGUUUUAAUUUGAAUAAGUUUCAAUACAUUUGUUAUGAUGCCA